CUAUGAGUGGUUUACGUGUAGUAUACAUGGCUGAGUGGGAACCUAAUUCUGAUAACUGUAAUCUACCAUCCAGUUUACUCAAUGAGGCUCUUGCAGCAGAGGACAGCGGCUUUUUGGGCGUUGAUCUCUUGCUCACUUGUCAGUGGCCGAAACACGUUAAUAAACUAACUCUAUAUGAACUCCCUGACGGUUGUCAGCAAUGUAUUGACUCUUCCUCGAUUUUAAUUUCGCGAUUGGCUUAUCUCACUCGACCAAGGUACCAUUUUUCAUGUGGUAACGGAGUGUAUUACGAAAGGUCACCAUACAGAAAUCACCGUGUUUUACAAGAAAAAGCUUGUCAUACUACACGUUUUAUAUCAUUGGCAGAUGUGAAAAAUGAACGUAACCAGAAGUAUUUAUAUGCUCUCAAGUUAAUCCCGAUUGAUAAAAUGGAUCAUCAGGAUUUAAUAAAUCAACCUCCAGACGUAACAGAAAAUCCAUAUCGCGAAUUUGUUGACCAUAAACAUUCUUUAGAUAGAGAAACAGAGGUACAAACUGAGCAAUACUUUUAUAACAUGAAUACCAACGAAAAAUCAGGAAAUCUUACGAAAAAAGGCACUCUUCAAAAGCGCAAAAUAAACACUAAUACAUUGGAAGACACAGAUUACAACAAAAGACAACUUGUUGAUAAAAAUGAUACCAGUGAGGAAAGUUUUCAAGAGAAAAUCGACAAAAACAGAAGUCAUGCAGCUUGUUGGUUUUGUUUAGGUAAUCCACAAGUGAAAAAACAUUUAAUUGUUAGUAUUGGUACUCAAGCUUAUGUAGCAUUACCACGUGGUCCUAUCGUACCUGACCAUGCAUUAAUUUUGACUAUUGGUCAUCAUCAAAGCUGGAUUUCUUGUCCAGAAUAUGUUCGUUCGGAAAUUGAAGAAUAUAAAUCCCGGUUAAAACGUAUGUAUGCUGCACAAGAUAAAGCGAUGGUAACAUUUGAACGAAAUUUGAAAACCCAACAUUAUGAACUUCAAGUUGUUCCUGUACCAUUUUCAGUUGCAGCGGAGGUGAAACAAGUAUUUCUCGAGCUAUCUGCCAAUACUGAUUUUAGUCCAUGCGAACUAAAACCAGUUCCUCGACGGACAGAAUUAGAUGAGAUUUGUAGGGUUGGAAUUCCCUACUUUUUUGUUGAACUCCCUACUGGUGAGAAACUUUUUGGACGAAUUCCAAAAGAUCGUAUUUCCAGUGCGAACUUACAAUUUGGUCGUAUUGUUCUAACAGAUCCACGUAUUUUAAAUUGUCCAGAAAAAGCCGACUGGCAUGAUUGUAUAGAUGAGGAAGAUGAAGAAACUGAUUUAGCUAAACAUUUUCGAAAAAUGUUUUCACCAUUUGAUGUCAAUGAUGAUGAUAAUGAUAUUGAAUAAACAGAACCAAUUUUUAAAGAAAAUCUUUUUUCCAACAGCAUUUUGUUUUAUUUUUUUUAAAAAGAACGAAUUAUUCAUUCUCUAAACUACCAUCUUCAUAUGUCU